CUCGAUUCCAGCAGCUUGAGCCCGAAGAUAUACAGCAAAACAAAGGACCACUGCUGCUUUCUUCUCUCGUUGCGAUCUCGAUCAAUCUCGCUACUACUUUUAGGUCAGAAGGUUAGGUUCGUCCUAUUUCGCCAUCUUCUACAUUCGCUUUGGUUCUAGACUCUGGAUUUCUUGAUCGUACUUCUCGUAUUCGUUUCUGCUUCUUUGUUCUAUGAGUGUAUUUUGACGAAUUGAUUCUUUGCGGUGGGGUCGUGUCGGGUUGUUGACGAAUAGGUGCUGUGAUAUUGUGAGCGGAACUUUACCACUUCCAUUUUUGCCUGGAACCAUCACGUUAAUGUCUAGGUUUUUAGUCCUCCAUGGAUUAGUGAAUGAGCUUAAAGUUCUGUUCUUGACUGUAGUUUAGGCAGCAAUCGUAAUUUCAGAUCCUGCUUCAAUCAAAUAAUGAUGUCCGUCUUAUUGGAUGAACAUUGUGGGCAUUUUACUUUUAGAAUAACCUUGUGGUCAUUUCAUCGUUAGUUAAUCGGUGGACUGAAUUUCACUUUUGGACUGAAGAGGAUACUCUGGUGGUGCCUGGGUUGCUCUAAAAGUGAGACUCUGUGGCAUAUUUAAUGCUUGAAUUCGUCCUCUGUAGUUUCAGUGACUUAGGAUGCUUGCUUCACAUCCAGACUCUUGUUACCUAUAUUUUCUAGGAAUACUUAUUCCUUAAAUUGAUGAUAUGUUGCGCAUUUUCAGCUGCUAGAGUUGAAAUGAGUGUUUUGUUGAUGUGCUAUUGAUGGGAAGUCUUAAAGUAUGACGAGUUGUGAAUGUUCAAUCUAUUUCAUCUUUCAUGAGAUGGCUUGCACCAGCUUGACUUUAAUGAUUUAUUCUCUCCAUUGGGAGAUUUUCAUAUGGUUAUUUCGAAUUGUGCACAAGCCAUUUGCAGUUGCAGAUGUUUAUAUGUUCUUGCUCUACAGCCAGCCAGAGACCAUUUUACAUCUUGAGAUAAGUGGAACCCCUCAAGAUGUAAUACCUUAGUAAUUUCAAUUUGUGUUGAAAAGGUUUGGAAGAAGAAUUGAAGAUUUUAAUAUCGGUCAUUUCCAUGCCUCUGCAGUGAAACUGAUUUAUUGAAUUGAGACCAGAAAAUGAUCCCUUUAUUGUCAAAUGCUCCUCCAUCUGUUCACUCUUCUUACCUUGCUAGUCAGCAUGCGUAACUGAUGUCCUUUAUGCUACUUGCUGUAGUCAGUGUCCUUUUGUUGAUUUUCUUUUGACAUUUGGUGCAUUCUAAUAUGUGGAUAUGAAAUAACUCAACUAUCACUACAUAUUCAAGUUGCAAGCGAAGCAGUCAUGCAAAUUAACCAAAGAAACGAUGAUUUUAUUUAUUUGUUUUUCACAACAGGUUCUCUAGAGACAUGGAAGAUGUCAUUACAGAAAUCCCACCGCCUUCAAGAUUCUUUCAGGAAGAUCUGAAUAACUUUGCUCCUCCAUCGCAGCCUCUUCCGUCCCCUUUCCUCUUGUUCUCUGAUCCUAAAACUGAACCACUGCGCCCAUCUCUUCUGAUCAUUACAUUAUCGUCUCCAUCUUGCUAUCUCUUCCAUAAUAUGUGCAAUAAGAUUCUGAUCGGAAGCCUCAUACUACCAGAAAUCCCUUUCUCAGGCAACUCUAUCGAACCAACUCUUGCCGACAAGUGUUGCAAUAUCUAUGCGCUCAAUGAUGCUGCAAAUUCGACUCUGCUUGUCUCCCUCAAGUGUUCUGUGAGUGCUGAGAGGUCCAACAUAGUUGCAAAACUGCUUGUUGGUAACCAAAUCAUUCCCGAGAGGGUUCUGAUUUUGGGUUCAGUUCAGAGCCAGAAUUUCCGUGGGAAGCUAUCACCAGACGAGACUUAUGCAUUCAAGCUGGAGACAUUAGCAGAGAGAGGAAACGGGUCGGAAAGUGGAGCGUCAUCCUUACUGGAGGGAGUCGACUACUUUCCAUCCGGGAGCAUGGUUGAUGGCUUGGCAGCUGCACUAUUGACUCAAUGCCAGAUAAGGAACAUCAGAGGGACUCUGUGUGUUUCAUGGCCUGACCAUGGCAGUGCAGUUGUAGCUCUGGUUAGGUCACUGUUGCAGAAGAAGGUAUUGCAUGGAUUUGACCUGAGCUCAACAGCUGGCAUCGAAGACAAGCAUUCGAGGAAAACCCUGAUCAAGGAUCAUGCUUUUGAUUCCGAGCUCUACACUUGAUGCCCUAGGUUUGUUUUGCUUACCUGCGUUUCAGUUUGGCGACUACUGCCUAGAUGUGUUGAAAAUGUUGAGUUUUAGUGAAUCUUCCUGAAAAGUCGUUAAGAAAGCUUGCUAGGCAGAAGGAUCAUUCAUAGUAACGAGGAUAAUUUGUCAUGCCUCUGCUUUCGUAUGAACUAAUCCGAAGUCAGCAGUUUGGAACUGGCUUUUGAUCUUGUGUUACGCUGGUUCACAGUUUGGUUAAUCUCCUUUAUUUUUCUACUGUAGAUUACCCAUCUACUAUAACAGGAAAUUUAAACUUGUUGAUUCAAAGAUUGCUUCUAUUAGCACCUCUUUGGUGUCAUUCGAAUAUAAAACUUAUACGCGA